AUGGGGACUAACAUGCAAACAAUUAAGUGUGUUGUUGUUGGUGAUGGUGCAGUUGGCAAAACUUGCCUACUCAUAUCGUAUACAACCAACAAAUUUCCGACUGAAUACGUCCCGACUGUUUUCGAUAAUUAUGCCGUUACGGUAAUGAUUGGAGGAGAACCGUAUACUUUGGGACUUUUCGAUACCGCUGGACAAGAAGACUACGAUCGAUUGAGGCCUUUGAGUUAUCCGCAAACUGACGUUUUCCUUGUCUGCUUUUCUGUUGUAAACCCUUCGUCUUUUGAGAACGUGAGAGAAAAAUGGGUCCCAGAAAUUGUACAUCACUCAGCUAAAGUCCCAUUUCUUCUUGUUGGAACACAAUGUGAUCUUCGAGGUGAAAGUGCCACUAGAACUCAUCUUAAGAAUAAUAAAAUGAAAGAAAUCACUACUGAACAAGGUGAACAGCUCGCCAAAGAACUGAAAGCUGUCAAAUAUGUGGAAUGUUCGGCCCUCACCCAGAGUGGCUUGAAAAAUGUCUUCGAUGAGGCUAUCCUUGCUGCUUUGGAGCCACCACGAAUUCGUAAAUCAAGGCGAUGUUCUUUACUGUAA